AUGGUCCUAAAGGCAGAGAUGACCUUCUGUUGGCUGAACACACUUGCUGCCCGGCUCAGUGGCCUGGCCGGAGGAAUCGAGAUCUGCAUCACAUUCCCCACCGAGUAUGUGAAGACGCAACUACAGCUGGAUGAGAAGGCAAACCCUCCCCGCUACAAGGGCAUCGGGGACUGCGUGAAGCAGACCGUGCGUGACCAUGGCAUCCGGGGGCUGUACCGGGGGCUCAGCUCACUGGUGUAUGGCUCCAUCCCCAAGGCCGCUGUCAGGUUCGGGAUGUUCGAGUUCCUCAGCAACCAAAAGGGGAGGCAGGACACCACGCGGGGCCUCACCUGCGGGCUGGGCGCCGGCGUGGCCGAGGCUGUGGUGGUGGUCUGCCCCAUGGAGACCGUAAAGGUGAAGUUUAUCCAUGACCAGUGCUCUCCCAAGCCCAAAUACCGCGGCUUCUUCCAUGGCGUCCGGGAGAUUGUUCGGGAGCAAGGACUAAAGGGGACCUACCAGGGCUUAACCGCGACCGUCCUCAAGCAAGGAUCGAACCAGGCCAUCCGCUUCUUCGUCAUGACCUCCCUCAAGAACUGGUACAAAGGGGACGACCCCAACAAGGUGAUCAACCCCUUUGUCACGGGGGUGUUUGGAGCCCUUGCCGGAGCUGCGAGUGUCUUUGGCAACACCCCCUUGGACGUGGUGAAGACCAGGAUGCAGGGGCUGGAAGCGCACAAGUACAAGAGCACCUGGGACUGCGCCUACCAGAUCAUGAAAUACGAAGGACCCCUGGCGUUUUACAAGGGCACCGUGCCUCGCCUGGGCCGCGUCUGCCUCGACGUGGCCAUCGUCUUCGUCAUCUACGAUGAGGUGGUCAAGUUCCUCAACAAGGUGUGGAAAACGGACUGAGGGGGCCGGGCCAGGGCGCCCCCACCGCCCUCGCCCCACCGUGCUGCAGCUGGAGAGCCGUGAC